AUGUUAGAAAAACAGACAGCAUCAGAGACAGUUGCAAACCCAAGCUCAAAAGAAGUUUUUAAUUCAAAUAUUUGCUUUUAUAGAGAAAAUUUUCCAGAGCAUGCAUGAUUUUUAGAUGUAAAUGACUAUUCUAAGCAAUUGCUGCAAAUUAAGCCAGAUGAAAUGGCUGAAAAACAGUUUUGAAUACUUUGCUCGCUUCCUAAUAAUAAAGUUCUUUGCUUCUACCAUCGUAACCCAAAAGACUCAGGUGUUUGAUUUUCUUUGGAUACUCAAGGAAAUAUUUUUCGCUUUAAAAAACCUUCGCAUAAAGAAGUAACAAGACCAGUUGCAGUUUAUUAUAAAAACGAUAUGGUUUAUGUAUUCGGAUUUAUGAAAUGGUAUAAAUUGGAUAUAUAUAGAGAUAUAUAUUUUACUAUAGCUGGAGGAAACAAUCAUUUAUAUUAUUCCUGUGCUUUGUUUUAUGAUUAUAUAAUCAUUUCAUCUGAGCAAAACAUUUACCUAUUUGAAGUUUAUGAUAUUUUAACCAAUUCCAAAUCAACUAUGAACACUAUUGAGAUAGGUGGAGUAAAGCACUUAUUUACGCUUAAUGAAAAUCUAUAUGCUGUUGAUGACCAUGGACAUUUAUUUUCAUUAAGUUUGUGGAAUUUAGAUGAAUGAAAAUUAGGGUAAAUAGCAAUUAAUUAUUAAAAAAUUUAUCAUCCAAGAAUAAUAAGAAAUCUGGGCCAAGGACUAUGUUUUUAAAAAAAAUUAUAAUGAAAAUUUAUGGGAGUCAUUAAGAGAUGGGGAAUUGAUAGGUUUUCUUAUUGGCUGUAUUAUGAUAAUGAUGCUUAUAUUAUGACAUCUAACCAUGAUAUGAUUAAGUUUGAAUUUAGGCACAAUAAAAUUGACGCAGAGAUAAGCCAAACUAAUCCAAAUAUUGUUAGGGGAAUUCAUAGAUUAGACAGCUCAGUAAUUUUUGAUGAGACCUUAAAAUCGUUUCUUCCUUUAUGAAAAGAUCUGCUUAGUCCUACAAUAAUUGCUUUGAUAAAACAAAUUUGAAGCUUUAUCGUAUUACAAAAGCGAAAUAUUGGAAUUUUCCCUUCAGUUUUGAAUAAAAGUCCGGAUAAUGAAAGAUGGUUUGAUAAUUUAGAAGUCGGUGAAAGACUAAAUUAUUUUUUCGAAAUUUUUAAAAAAGACCCAAGAACUAUAAAAAUUAUUAUUUUGAUUUCAAUGCCAAAGAAAAAGAUAAUUGAUUACAAUAAGCUGAUUGAAAAGAUUAAUAUGGUUCGUAGAAGUAUAGAUUUGAAUAAAAAGUGAAUAAAAUUGAAAAAAGAUAUGCUUGAUAUGAAUAAAAACAGGAAGGAUAUAAUAAAUAUGCUUUAUUUAUUAAACAUGAGUAUAUUAUUGUUCUUAGCCCUGCAAUUGCUUUUAGGAGUAUGACAAGAGAAAAAUUAGAUAAAUUUAAUGAAUUUGUGAUUGAAAUAGCUCACAUUUUAAACUCCAUUCUGAAUAAAGCGGUUUUUAUGCUCUGGGGAAAAGAAGCAAGAAAAUUUUCAGCACUUAUAGACCAAUCUAAGCAUCUUGUAAUAAAAAAUUGCAGCUUAUUAUCAACAAAUGAAGGGAAAAUCAAAAAUUUUGAAGACUCCAAACAGUUUCAAUUAGGAUAUUCAUUUCUUUAUCACUAG